GCCGCUGCUGUCGCGUUUGACAGGAUCUGGAGCCGGAUUCGGAGUGGGUGCCGGAGCCUGGCAGCGCUGUAGGAUGGACCUCCCUCACCUCACAAGUCCUACCGACCUCCCCAAGCACAUCCUGGAUAUCUGGGUCAUCGUCUUGAUCAUCCUGGCCACCAUCCUCAUCAUGACAGCGCUGGUGCUGUGUCCAGCCACUGCUGUCAUCAUCUACCGAGUACGAACGCACCCCACACACAACGGCAUCGUCUGAGCCACGGGCAGUGGGGGAAGGCCGGCUCGCUGGGCUGGGGGCUACAGCCAUGGGACCCUGUGCCAGGGACCUUGAUGGGGCA